AUGUUGUCGCUGCGCUUCCUCAGCGUCCACAUGAACAGCAUCAAGGAGCUCGAGAGUGGGUGCCUGCGCACGCUGCGGCACUUGGUGGAACUCGACUUGAGCGCGAAUGAACUGCGAGAGAUACCACCGGGGUGCUGGGACGGGCUUGGACAUCUCGAGCGCCUGAACCUGUCCAGCAACCAGCUGACCCGCCUUGGUCCGGCCGCCUUCGGCUCUCUCGCCUCGCUGCAGUGGCUUUCCCUCGGCUUUAACAGCAUCAUCGAUUUGGCAGGGCUGCGUUCGGUGCCGGCGUCUGCGCCGCUGGCCUACGUGGACCUGUGCGCCAACCGUAUCGCGACGCUGGACGAGGUCAUAGACGCCCUCACGCCCCACAGAACGCAUCUGCAGGAGCUGCGGCUGGAGUCGCCAUCAUCGCGAUCUUCCAUGGCGACAGCGGCGGCAGGCAGCGGCGCCUUUUCUACGCCCGCCACGAUGAACACCUCUCUCAACGACAGUCAGGACGGUGCAGCCGCCUACUGGCCCAUCGAAGAGAACCCGUGCUGCCUCACCACGGACCGUGACACGCAGGACGCGGGCGGCGGUAGCGUAGAGGUCAGUGGCGGGGCUGCUGGUGGGCAGGGCAACAGCCGAGUUCACGGCGCCGUUGGCAGUUCGCCUUCUGCUGCUAACUACGUGGAGCGGCUCCUGUCCUGCUUCCCGCGCCUGCUCGUUGUGAACGGCGUCUCCUACGGCGUGGACCCGUUGCACGCCCUUCGCCAGCAGCGACGCUCUCAGGAGCCGGAAGUUCAGGAGGUGGGACCGAGCGCAGCUGAUGCCACGGUUGCUGUGGCAGAUGUGUCACCCUUGGCGUCGCUGUGCAACGCGGACAAGAGCGCGUGGGACCGCUCUCUGCUCCGCGCGGGUGGUGCGGAGAACCCACCGGCAGGGGUGGAGCGACUUGCCGACGGCACACCCGUCAGCGAGGCCUUUGCACGACUGCUGAGGAGGCCACUGCCACACCUGCGGUGGUCGUCCUCGUCAUCGCGAUCGCCAUCGUCGGCUUCGUCGGGGGGGCCGAAGAAGCAGCGCCGCAGUCGCAACCGCCAUCGCGCUGACAGCAGGCAUCGAACGUACAGCUCAUCGCGGCACCGUAGCCGCCCUUCUUCAUCCUCCCCUUCUCCCCCUCGAGAGUCGUCUCGGCAUGGCCAUCGUGCAGCGGCUGCACCCGCGGCGGCGGCCCGAGCGGAGCAGGACGCGGGCUGGCUGCUGCCUUCAUUCAAGUCAGCAGCGCCUGCCACAGCGAACCCACUGCCACCGCAGCAGGGCCCGCAAGCAGCACCUCACAAAACCCGCGAGGUGGGCGACGAGAGCGUCGUUGCGGCUGGCGCUGCAAGCACGAAGGAGGCGCCACUCCGACAUGGCCGACGGGCCGCCGCCGCGAAGCCGCGCCGCGCUUCUCUGCGCCGUCGCUCGUCGUCAAACGCCUCGUCUCUCGCUGCGUCGCCACUCUCCGGCGCUGCUUCCUCUCCGCUCGCAGUGUCACCGUCGGCACCGCAAGAGCGUUAUCGCGAGCGCGAGCCGAAGACAGUAGUCUCGUCAUCGAGCAGAGCGACCCCGCAUGCGCGCAAGCUCCGCUGCGAGGUAGCGACACUGACGUCGGCCACAGAGGCGUUUUGCACACCCUCUGAAACCCCAUCAACGGGGCCGCGGAUGCCAUCUGCCGACAAGAGCUCCGACCUGGCUCUUCCUCUGAUGUCCCCUUCCCCCGCUGGUGUCACCGAUACCAGCGACAUCUCGCCGCCUGCCGCGGCAGCGCACAGGCAAUGUGAGCAUCGCGGCAGCGACGGCGAGAGUUACGAGAAGGACGACAGCCUUGCGACUACCACAGGCAGUGGAGCUGUCAUGCGUGUCGCUUCCAAGGAUCGGGCGACUCUCGAUCCGCCGCCGCCUCUUACGGGCGUCGGCUCAGCCGCGGCGCUGCGGUGGAAGCCGAAGCAGGUGUCCCGCGGGACCUGCACGGAGCAGGGCGCACAGACACUAUCGACGGUGUCGCGUGACGCGGAGCUAACGGCAAAGGUGGAUCAGUUGCAGGAGCAGCUUGCGCUCCGUACCACCACCAUCAGCGAUCUGCGUCGACACCUCGACCUCACCCGGACGCAGUACGUUGAGGGGCAGCGUGAGGCACAGCAGUGGCAGCAGCAGCUCCGCAGUCAGGUAUCCGCGCUGAAGGACGAGCUGGCGCGGCGGGCCGAGGAGGCGACAAUACUGCAGCGCAAGCAGCAGGCGCAACUGAAUCGAGCCGUCGACUCUGUCAAAGUGGAGUGGGCGCGGCGGCUCGAGGCGGCAGAGCAGCACAGCGCCGAGGCGUAUGCGGAGGCGACGGCCGCGUGGGAGGUGCGUCUAGCACGUGCCGAAGAACAGGAGCUGCAUAUGCAGCAGACGGUCGCUGUGAAGUCUGCGCAGCUUGUGACGCUCGAGCGGCAGACACACGCCAUGGAGGCGGAGAUGCAGGCAAUACGAGGCCGCCUUGUUACGCAGCGGCACCACUGGGCUGCGCAGACUGGGCUGCUGCUCGCCGAGGCGGACAAGCGGCGCUCGCUGGAAGCCGCGGCGGUGGCCUCACUUGCGCAACUGUGUCGCUCCUUCUCUGACGCAGUCGUGCACCUUCAUACAGAGUCGCUGCGCGAGGCUGAACGAGGCCGAGCGCGCGCGGAGGAUGCGCUGCGAGAGCAGCAGGCCACGUGGAGGGCGCAGGUAGCCGCGUACGAGGACGCUAUACGCCAUGCUGCGUCCGAAGUGCGCCAUGCUGUCGCGGGGCAGCAUGGCGCAGCUUACUUGUCACCGCUUCCACCGACAUGUACCUUGCCUACCCUGCCCGAGGCGCCGCCGCUGUCCUUGGCCAUGAUCCCAUCUCCGACGCUUGCAGGCGUGCCAGCCCCGCAGCACGAGCCGCUCGCGCUUAGCGACCAAAUCAGCAGCAACCAGGUCGUCAGUGCACAAGCCGGUGCCAUAGAGAGGGACGACAGGAAAGAGCGGACGCCGCUGGCGGUGGAGAGGACAGCUGCAGAUGGCAGUGCCCUGGUGUCAACCUCUACCACCGAGUCUCUACGUGUGGCCGAGGGCGAGGACAGUGACUGCGACGCAGGUGCGGAAUGCGGGGCUGCUUCCAAGGAGCUGAAGCAGGUGGCUGGCGUGAAUGACAGUGGCACUCUGAUCGCUUACUGGAGGUGCGCGUGCGCGCGUGUGGAAGCGCGGCUGCAUCGCGUGGAUGCUGCCCUGCACGUCGCCACUCUCACCCAGCAGUCCACGGCGGCGGAGAACACGCGUCUGCUCAGCCACGUCGAGGCACUGGAGGCGGAGAAGAAGGAGGCGCUGGCAGCCCACCACUCCACUUCUGAGGCUGCCGUCCAGGAGCGGGACAACUUGCUGCGCACGCUGCACACAUUACGAGCUGACAUGGAGCGGAAGGAAGCCGCAUUGGAUGCGCUGGAGGAGGAGGCGCACGCGAAACUGAACGAGAAGCGCCACCGCAUCGCCGAGCUCGAGGACGCCGUGGAGGCGCUCACAACGCAACAGGCGCGCGCAACAGAGGUGAACGUGUCCACGCGCGGACAGCUGGAGGCAGCGCAGGCGACGGUGGCACGCCUGCAGCAGGAACUGGCCGACGCGAAGGAACAGUGCAAGGCGGUGACUCAGCAGCAGGUGGAGCAGGUGCCAGACUUAGAGCGGAAGCAGCGUGAGCUUUCCGAGCUGCUUGCCACCCGCAACGCCGAGGCCCACCAGCAUCAGCUGGAGAAGAAGGCGCUGGUGCACGCUCUUACUAUCGCGCGGGAGCAGCUGGUGCGGUUGUACGAGUCCCACCAGCUCCUCUCCAGUGCGCACGCAAGCGCUAGGGAGCAGAUCACGCAGCUGCAGGCGAAGCUCGAUACAGCGCAGCGGCAGGUGCAUGAACUCCAAGAGGCGACCCGCGCAAAGCAGAAGGCCACCUUCGAAGUGCUGUCACACUUGAUGACGAACAACGCGCUCUAG